AUGUUAGUUGACGAGCAAGUUGCUAUGUUCUUACAUGUACUUGCACAUAACGAAAAAAAUAGGAUUAUAGUAGAAAGAUUCAAAAGGUCAGGUGAAACUGUAAGUCGAUAUUUCAAGGUAGUCUUAGAUGCGAUAUGUCGAUUACAUAAAGAGCUUUACAAGAAACCUGUGCCAAUACCUGAUGAUGAAACCGAUGAGAGGUGGAGGUGGUUUAAGGGUUGCCUAGGGGCAUUAGAUGGAACAUAUAUCAAAGUUAAAGUCCCUGCAGCAAAGAGAAAACCUUAUCGAACACGCAAAGGUGAGUUGUGUACUAAUGUACUUGGAGUGUGUUCGAGAGAUCUUCAAUUCAUAUAUGUACUAGCUGGAUGGGAGGGUUCCGCAGCAGAUAGUCGAGUACUGCGAGAUGCUAUUAGUAGACCACAUGGUCUUAAAAUACCCCAUGGAACAUACUAUCUUUGUGAUGCCGGUUAUACAAAUGGUGAAGGUUUUUUAACACCUUAUCGCGAGCAACGUUACCAUCUUAACGAUUGGUCUCGACCUCCCACAAAUGCUAAAGAGUUGUAUAACAUGAGACAUUCAUCAGCAAGGAACGUAAUAGAACGAUGUUUUGGAUUGAUUAAAUCUAGAUGGGCUAUUUUACGUGAUAAUGCAUACCAUCCAAUAGAAUCUAUGCCAUACAUAAUCAUUGCAUGUUGUUUGAUGCAUAACUUCAUACGCACAACCAUGACGGAAGACCCCCUUGAUCAAGAAAUCCCUACAAAUCACACCCAAUUUGGAGACGAACAUGACAACAUUAUUUCUACCGUGGAGACCUUGCAAGGGUGGACUGACCGUCGAGAUCUUCUUGCUAAUACUAUGUUUACUCAUUGGAGUUCAAGGCAUGCCAAUAAUUAAUUUAUUCCAUGUUUUUAUGUAAACUUCAUUAUUCAUUAUGUGG